AUGUCCGCCGGAAACCCCCUGCUUGUCUUGAGACCGUGGCCCACCGCCAGGGGUAAUGUAAGGCAGAAAGAGUGCUUGCACGAAAAAAACUACUCGCCCGUCAGGGAACCUGACUUGACCGCGCGCAUGCUUACAUUCCCUUUAUGUAGUGACUACGGAGGGAACCCGGGUAUACCUCCCUGCCGCCGCUGUGUCCGGGAACAGAAGGAGUGUAUCCUGGCCACCUCGAGAAGAGGCGGGAGGAGGCCCCGGAAGUUCGUCCGUGUCCCCCCGGCCGACGGCGAUGCCCUGCGCCACCGUCAAGAUGCCCCCGCAGCGUCGCCCCCCUCCUAUAACGACCCAAUAGCCGCCGCCGCCGUCGACGACGCCAGAUCCUCUUCGGCAAACAACCUCGAGGACCGACAAGGACGUACCCUCAGCCCACCGGAGUCACCCGGCCCCGGCACCGGUACCGGCCCCGCUGACGGCGACGCCGAUGGCGACGGCGACGGGCCGUGGUCCUGCUCGCCCGAGGAGGGCGGGCCUUCCGGCCGGCCGGCGAGCUGGCCCGGGACCGCCUCCCAGCCUCCCAGCCCCGGCAGACAGUCGACGCGGUCUCUCAAGAGCUCGGGCGACAUAGAGGGCCACAUCACCUCGAGCGACCUCCUCAACCCGUCCGACGCCCUGAACCUCCUGGCCCAGGUUGCCGACCUCGACGGCGACGACGACGACGACUCCCACGAGGAGGUCCACGAUCUCCCCGGCAGCGGCGGCACUAAGCCCGGCGGCGUCCAUGACAAGCGCAGCCCCAAGCGAGGCUCGCGAAAGCCUUCCGCGCAGCCCUUGUCGACUCAUUACCCCCCCAUCUCGGACGGGAUACUGAGCGUCUCGGUAGCAGCGCGUCUACUCACAUCAUACAUAGAACACUUCCACCCCUUCUUCCCGGUGGCAGACAAGUGCAUCCUCACCCACACGCCCGCCACCAUCUCCUCCCUGAUAGAGGCGGAGCCCCAUCUCCUCACCGCCAUCUUCACAGUAACCUCCAAGGACGAGCCCUCGCUGUCGCGCGUCAACGAGGCCUGCUCGCGCUACAUGGAAGCCCUGAUCUCGAAGCUGAUCUACAAGGGCUCGACCACCGUCGGCGCCGUCGAGGCGCUGUUGAUACUCGCCCAGUGGGCGCCUCAGAGGUUGCAGGAGAAGCCGACGGUGGGCAGGGGCGAGGAGGACGAGGGGGCGUGGAUGCAGAUCGGCGUCGCCAUCCGCCUGGGCUACCUACAGAGCCUCGAGCAGACGGGGCUGUUGUCGGACAAGACGAGCCCCUCAUCCGAGACCUUCAGGAGGAAGAGGAUAGUCUGGGCCGCCUGCUACAUGAGCGACCGCGAAGUCUCGAUCCGCGUGGGCAAGGGCUUCUGGUCCCGCGGGCCCGGCCCUUCCACCAUCCCCCGCUCCGCCGACUUCCCGUCGCUGAGAAUGCAGGGGGCCGGGUCCGACAACUACGGACAGCUGUUCCAGGCGCAGCUCGAGCUGAUCCAGCUCUUCAGCAACGCCCACGACAUUCUCUACUCUUCGUCGAGCCACCGGGCCCAGCUUUAUCUGGGCGGCGAGUAUGUGAGAUACAUUGACGACUUCUUUGCCGUCCUCCGAAAAUGGAAGAUCGUCUGGGGCAGUCUCAACUUCACGCCCCUGAUCAAGGCCGGCCUGAACCUCUCUUACGAGUUCCUCCGUCUCUACAUCAACGCCUUCGCCUUCCAGGCGACCAUCAACCGCGCCAUCACCAAAGCACGCCAACAACAGCAACAACAGCAACUACGGGCUCAGCAAUACAAAGAAAACCGGAACCACACGGCACAGCAGCAGCAGCAUGACAGUGUGAAGGCAACCCCGAGUCCUCGGGCGCCGGCCCGACAGGCCACGACCAUCGACAGCCCCCUCUUCGCCGACCUGGCCAGCGCCCCUGACGCCCGCUUCAUCUACGAGUCCAUGGACGCCGCCAACUCCCUGCUCAACAUCCUCAACAACUCCGUGGACCCCGCCACGGGGCUGCGGUACAUGCCCCUGAAGUACUAUCUCUACGUCAUCUACGCGGCCGUGUUCCUCUUCAAGGCCCGCCUGGCCGGCGCCCUGGGCAGAGAGGCGUCCGAAAGCGUCCGCCGCUCUAUCAACAUUACAAUCGAGUGCCUCCAACAGUCAUCACUGAGCGCACACAGCCUGGGCCAGCGCUACGCCCGCCUUCUCUCCCUUCUCUGGCGAGACAAACCGCAAGAGCAACAUCAGCCGCAGCAGGAGCAGCAGCAGCAGCAGCAGCAGCAGCAGCAGCAGCAGAAGCAACGACUACAGCAACAACCUUCGUCAUUCCCCCUCACCGCCACCGCCACCGCCGCCUCGGGCCAUCCUGACGACGACGUAGAUGGCCUCAAAGCGGCACCGAUGGGACCAGGUUUCGCCCCGUCUUCCUCGACAUACCCCGCCACAACCCCGGUCGUGCCGGGUAUGUCGAAUCCCGCCGCGGGCGCCUUCGGCGUAGAGUCGCACGCGGAGAACCAGCACCAGAACCAGCACGGCUUCGGAGGCAUGGGGAGCGGGCUGGGGCACUCCACCAUGACGGCCUUCCCACCGCAGUCGGACGUGCUCUGCAGGGGCUUCUCGUGGCGGGACCUGGACGAUCUGGGACAGUUUAUCGGGCCGGCGGACAUGAGCUUCUCGGACCCCGCGAACCUAGCCGCCAUGGGCGGGUCCAUCAGCUUGGAUGACGGAACGGCGUACGAUAUCCUUUGGCCGGGGAACGACGUGGCGUUUUGA